GACAAAGCGAUGCUUGCCAGCCUGAAGAUCAAGAAGCAGGAAUUGUUGAGCAACAUGGACGUGAGAGCCCCCGAGAGACCUCCCUCUCCACCGCUCACUGCUCCGCCAAGCAUGAAGUCUGCAGAGUUCUUUGAAAUGCUGGAAAAAAUGCAGGCCCCAAAAUUAGAAGAGCAAAGGAGCAGAAGCCAGAAAAACAAGGAGGACUAUAUCCCAUAUCCCAGCAUCGAUGAGUUCUUAGAGAAAGGUGCUCCCUUCCCCUUGAUCAUCCUGCCCCAGUUUGGAGGGUACUGGAUCGAAGACCCAGAGAAUCUCGGCACACCCACCUCCUCAGACAGCAGCCUUUGUGACGAGGAGGAAGAACAGCCCAGCCCCAGCACUUUCGGGUACAAGCUGGAAUGGAAAGGUGAAGCCAGAGCAUACAGGAGGCAUUUCUUGGGAAAGGAUCAUUUGAAUUUUUACUGCACAGCCAGCAGCUUGGGAAAUCUGAUUCUGUCAGUUAAAUGUGAAGAGGCAGAUGGGAUUGAGUACCUGCGGAUUAUACUCAGGUCAAAAGCAAAGACGUUACAUGAAAGAAUCCCCUUAGCAGGGCUUAGCAAGCUUCCGAGCAUCCCACAGAUUGCAAAGGCCUUCUGUGAUGAUGCAACUGGACUAAAGUUUAGCCCUGUGCUGUACCCCAAGGCCUCUCAGAUGAUCAUUUCCUAUGACGAACAUGAGGUCAAUGCCACAUUCAAAUUUGGUGUGAUUUACCAGAAGUUUAAGCAAACCCAGGAAGAAGAACUGUUUGGAAAUAAUGAAGAGAGUCUUGCAUUCAAGAACUUCCUGAGUUUACUGGGAGAUACCAUAACACUCCAGGAUUUCAAGGGCUUCCGUGGAGGUCUCGAUGUCAGUCAUGGUCAAACAGGCACGGAGUCUGUGUACACAGUGUUCAGAGAGAGAGAGAUCAUGUUUCAUGUCUCAACCAAGCUUCCGUUCACCGAGGGAGACGCACAGCAGCUCCAGCGGAAAAGACAUAUCGGCAAUGAUAUUGUAGCAAUUAUAUUCCAAGAAGAAAGCACUCCCUUUGUUCCAGACAUGAUUGCGUCCAAUUUUCUACAUGCCUAUAUUGUUGUCCAGGUGGAAAAUUCUGAAACAGACAAUACAUCCUACAAAGUAGCAGUCACUGCCCGAGAAGAUGUCCCUUCAUUCGGUCCAUCACUGCCAAACCCUCCUGUGUAUCAAAAUAACUCUGAAUUCCGUGAGUUUCUUCUCACCAAGCUGAUCAAUGCGGAGAUUGCUUGUUGCAAGUCGGACAAAUUUGCAAAGCUUGAGGACCGGACACGAGCUGCCCUUCUGGACAACCUCCACGAUGAACUCCACCUCCAUACGCAGCUGAUGCUGGGCCUGGGCUCUGAGGAAGACAAGCUGGAGAACGGAGGCCACGGAGGGUUCUUGGAAUCCUUUAAGAGAGCCAUCCGAGUCCGCAGCCAUUCCAUGGAAACGAUGGUUGGGAGUCAGAAGAAACACCACAGUGGAGGAAUCCCUGGGAGCCUGAGUGGGGGAAUUGCACAUAACAGUGGUGAAAUCACAAAGGCCACCUUCUCUCCUCCAGUGGCAGCCGCAACAGCCAAGAAUCAGUCCCGGAGCCCCAUCAAGAGACGGUCAGGGCUCUUCCCCCGAUUGCACACAGGGUCAGAGAGCCAGGCAGAACCCCGGAAUCGAUGUGAUAGUGGCUCAGGGAACCCCAAAACUCCAGAUGGUGGACCUUCCUCCCAAGAAAUGAAAUCAGAAGCCACCUCUAAUCCAAGCUCACCAGAAAUCUGUCCUAACAAAGAGAGGCCUUUCAUGAAGCUCAAAGAGAACGGGCGGCCAAACAUCUCUCACUCAUCCUCCAGCACCAGCAGUUUCAGCAGCACAGCAGGAGAGAGUGAAGCAAUGGAGGAGUACGACAGCCUGGGCAGCCAGCCUUCCACAGCAUCGCCCUUCAAGCAAGACAUCUUUGUCUACAGCCCCUCACAAAGCACCGAGAGUCCAGGUUUAGCCUCUGCAGCGACCCCUGUGAUCAUGAACCGGAGUCCCACAGAUAUAAAGAGCAGGAAUUCUCCGAGGUCAAAUCUCAAGUUUCGUUUCGAUAAACUCAGCCACUCAAGUUCUGGUCCAACCCACUAGCAGGAGAGGAAGG